AUGUCGGCCUCACCAGGGCAGACAUUCACAUCCCCCAACACCUUCUCAGACUCAUCAGAUAGCGACUACGUCCAUCUAUCACCCGUAUCUGGUCACACCAGUCAACAUCCAACGCCUCCUGAGCAUCGCGAGAAGGCGGCAGAUUCUGUCCAUGUCAGACGUCGCGCCAUCGACCAAACGACCGACAAUAGCGCUCGGCAGAGUGACUCUCAAAGUCUUUCCGUUUCGAGGAACCUCGAUCUUGCCACUUUGAUUUCUGGCUUCUAUCGCAUACUUGACCUCAUUCAAGAGAAAGCCAGUGAUGGUUUGGUCGAUAAGAUUAUCAUCGAGCAGGAGAGUCUUGGGAAAUUCAUCAACGACCUCCAUCUUGGCGCGUACACUUCAAUCACAAAAGUCGACUUCCGCGCGCUCGACACCCUUGAUGUCAAACCUGUCGGGGUAUACGGGAGCAAGACCUCAAUCGUCGAAUUCCUGAGACAGAAAGGUGCCGUCGACGACAAUGUCUCGACAGCUCUGUUGGAACCUCACCGCAAUGACCGGGAUCACCCCACACUGCGAUCUGGAAUUUACCUCUUCCGUCAUCAGUCAGGCUCCCGUGCAUUGGACGAAAUGUUCGUAAUAUAUUGGCCCGAAGAUUCUACUUGGGACGAUCAGGCCGCGUCUUCCCGCCAGAACAGAGUGAUGUUCAUGCGGUACUUGACCAAGCUCAGUGAUCAAGUAGUAUGUCUAAUGGCCGACGAACUCGCGAAGACGAUCGUUCGGCGUCGAAACUAUGAGGACAAUGACAGCGAUGGUCUUGACGAUGUCUCGAAGACGAAUGAACAGGACAAGGGCGUUACAUUCAAAAUUGGCUUCGAGAUUGCCGUGCCUCCAUCACCCACAGGGACCACAAUCACCCCACCCGAGUUCGAUGCGACCGCUUUGCGCCCGCGCCUUGUGAGGGGCGAGUGUUCUCAAGGCUUGCUCACUGCGGAAUAUGUGGGGUGUCAGCAGAUGUCCGUUGAUGAGGUGGACAAAAGUAUUAACGAAGUCAGAUUGAAAGAGCUACUGAAAAGAAAUUCCAUUCGACUCGAUGAAGACCUCAACUCCAAUGCUUUGCAGAUUCUACUACGCCUUGGUAUGAAGCACGGCUGUAAAGAUGCCGUGGCGGACUUUCAGAAGGCGGCAAAGCGCGUCCAAGACUCGGCCAAGGAGAAAGAGUCCCACGAAUUGGAUGAGAUGCUCGUACAGGUCAAAAACGACGAGCCGGACGUCUAUGACGCUGUUGCAGGAUUGCUCACCCGUGUCAUGACCUCCAAAUUCUCUUUAGUUGGUACUGUACAGUUCCUCGGCUCUCUCCGAGACGCCCCGGCACAGCGCUCGCUCGACCGCUCGCCCAUACCUCAGUCGCUAUUGUCCCCGACUGAGCUCGCACUCACACUGUGUGUCGUUAGGUACAGCAAUCUAGUCGCUAUUGUCCCCGACUGA